UAUGAGUUCUAAAGUCAAGAACCUCUAUUUAACAUUGCGUCUGCGUUUGGAAGAACUCAGAGUAGUGACAAUAAAGACUUUCUAGAUUGGAAUUAAUAUUUUACUGUUUGCAUCACUUAGAGGUGAUUAAAAAGCAAAAAAUCAAAAUUCACUUUAACAAUAUGGUCUUACUUCUCAAAAAUAAUUACAAUAAGCUUAAUAAAUCUCAUCUUCGCUUUAUAAUCAUAACUUUGGUAGUUUUUAUCCUGAAGUAAGUAAGUUUGAACUAAUUUUUAGUUUAUAAGAGCCUCAAUUACUUUAUAUUUGGUUGGCUUGGUGAUUAAUUUACUUCAUACUGAAAUCUUGAAUGUAAUUAACAAAAAAUUCAUGUUACAAAAAUGUGUUGGAACUAUAGUUAUAGUGUUCCUUCAUAUCUUAGACCUUAUGAUAAUUAAUGAUUACCUAAUAUUAAAUUCGGAAUACAGUAAUCUAACUUAGGCUGUGUCAGAUAUAUAUGUAGAUUCUGUAAGAAAAUAAAAGGAUAUGAUUUAAUUGUUUGAAGCAGUUAUCAGAUAAUUGGUUAACAUAAAUAGGUAUUCCAAUUUUAUAAUGAUUCAGAUUUCUUUCAGUAUUUUUUUAGGCAUCAGCUCUAUGGGGAGAAGGUAUAAGAAAAUUGAUAAAGAAUAAAAAAAAGACUUGGGGAACAACUGAUUCACAAUUAUCAUCUCCUUAGCCAUAAGAGAAAAUUUAAUUAAAUCAAGUACCACCAGUUAAUGCAAUGAAUAAUAAAAUGAAGGGUUAAAAGAAAGAAGUUGUUUAGCAUUCAGGAAAGAAGAAGAAAACAUAAUAAUAAUAAUAAUAAUAAAUAGAAAAAUCUAAUGAAGAAAGAGGGUAAUCUAUAGAGAAAAAGAAGAAGAAAUUAUUGGAUAAAAAGUCAUAAAAAUUAUCACCAAAAGAAUAUGAAUAAUAAAUUGAAACAAAAAUAGAUGAAUCAUAAUAAUUAGUACUUUCUAAAUAGGUUUCAUUAAUGUAAAAAGAUGAAUAAAAUAAUUCAACUUAAGCAGGUUCUAAUGGAACAAAAUCUUUAUUUGAUCAUAAGAUUAAAUCAAAUAGAAGUGAAUCAUUUCCAACUAAAUUGAAUUAAUAGGUAGAAAUUUCAUAGAAGUAUUUGAGAUAUUCUUCUUAAAAUUAAAAAAAAUAAAUAGAACAAAAAAAAUAAAUUAGACCUUUGUAUGAUAAAUUGUAUAAAUUCAAUUUAUAAACUAAUGUUGAUAAAUAUGAAAUAAAAGUACAUAGUAUUAUUGAAAUGAAUAAUUCAAUCAAUAGAAUAGCAUAAGAGAAUUCUUGGAAUUCAUUCUUAACAAUUAAUGUAAAGUUAAAUUAUUGGAAAGAAGCUUAUUAAUAAAUGUAAACUUAAGAAAUUAAAGAGGAAUUAUAAAAAAUAAUAGCAUAAUAUGCAUUAUAUUUAAUGAAUUAACAUGCUUAAAAUUAAGAAAUAGUAGAAUGA